AUGGGAAAUAAGAGUUGGGGAUUGGAGAGUGGAAGAGAAAGGGAAUACUGCACUGAAGAUAAUAAGGGUGGUGGGCGGGCUUACUUCCGGGGUCCGGGGUCCGGGGUCCGGGGGUCUGGGUCUGGGGUUCAGGGUCUGGGUUUCAGGUUCAGGGUUCAGGGUUCAGGGGUCCAGGGUCCAGGGUCAGGGUCAGGGUCCAGGGUCAGGGUCAGGGUCAGGGUCCAGGGUCAGGGUCCAGGGUCAGGUCAGGGUCAGGGUCAGGGUCCAGGGUCCAGGGUCCAGGGUCAGGGUCAGGGUCAGGGUCAGGGUUCAGGGUCAGGGUCAGGGUCAGGGUCAGGGUCAGGGUUCAGGGUCAGG